AUGUUCACCAAAACUGUCGUUGUCCUCGCCCUCGUGGCCGUUGCUGCCUCUGCUCCUUCUCAACCAGCCUAUGGCUAUGCUCCUCAGCCAACCUAUGAGGCUCCUGCCAAGUACGACUUCAACUAUGCCGUGAAGGACGACUACUCCAGCAACGACUUCGGUCACCAGGAAGCUCGCGACGGUUACGAUACUCAGGGCUCUUACUACGUCCUCCUUCCCGACGGCCGUCUGCAGAAGGUGGCCUACACUGUCAACGGAGACUCCGGUUACGUGGCCGAGGUCAGCUACGAGGGUGAGGCCCAGUACCCUGAGUACAAGCCUGCCUACAACCCAGCCCCUGCAUACAAGCCUGACCCAGCCUAUAAGCCUGCACCUGUUUAUGCCUAAAUGGAACUCUGUAGUAUAUUUAUGAAGAA